CAGUCAGUCCUGGUCCGGGCUUCUUCGCGGCAAUAUUGCUCGCUCGAUCACAGCUGGCAUCGCGUAAAAAUCGUCUCUCUCGCCUUUUCGUUCUUCAACGACACUUGCAAAAAAAAAUACACCGGUUCACCACCGAUUUUACACGUGCAUUUCGGCAAUCGGUCGUGGAUAGAAAUUCGCGAUUUAAACGAAAUACCUCGGUGCCCAUAUUGCAGCGUGGUCCCAGCGGUGAUCCAGUGAAAUUCUAAGGGUAUCCUAAACAGUGAAAGUUGCGGACCAAUUAAUAUAUAUAUACCAAAGACGGUGAUUUAUUUUUUUUUCUCGAAGAAUGGUUUGGACCGUGCGUGCCGUUAAAAAUCGAUAAUCCGUGUUAAAUUAAUUAAUUCACAUUUUGGCGGGAAUUUUUUUCUCAUUGUAUAUCUUUUUCCCUUUUUUUUCUCUCUCUCUUCCUUUAAACUGGAUAGUCGAGAAUUUUUGUUCCAAUGUAAAUUUUAUCGACAAAGUGUUAAGAAGUAUCGUUUCCUGGAUUAAGAAGUGAUCAUCAAUCUGUAAACACGUUGUGAAAUAUCUUUAUUGAUCAAAUCGUGACGCGGUAAUAGCUGGAGCGGAAUAGAAGAGGCUGAGGAUGCCAGAGGCGGAAGCAAAAACGUAGAAAUCGCGUCGCACCGGCUACGAGGAUCCGAUUGAUCGAGAUCACGCGCAUCCGCAGGCUCUGAAUAGCGAUGCGGUUGCAUUCCACGGCAACGAUAGUUCCGCAUAAUCAUUGACACUCUGCAAGAUGCGAAACGAGGUAGGAGAAUGGCUGCCCACCUGCGUAGGUUCACCGAUAUGCAUCCUCCUGUUAUCUUGGUCCCUUCUCAUCUAUCAGAACCAGCCGUCCUCGGCGAAGAGAAAGAUCGACGUGUUCACGGUGGCCAUCCUGUCCCAGAGCCUGGUCCACCAGCUCGGCCUGCUCUUCUACGCCAUACUGACCCUCAUUCGGCCGAGUAAUCACUUCGGAGAAUUUUGCUCGACCCUUGUCUGGACGCUGAACUCGUCCAGCAUCCUGCAGGAGUUGACCCUGGCCUCGAUCGCGAUUUUCACCGCGAUCAACGCAGGCGAGGAAGGCGCUAACCUCACCAAGAAUCACCUCAAGUAUCAUCUGGUAAGCCUGAGCGUGAUCAGCGCAUGCGUCGGGGUCACGGGUGUCCUCAACUUCGAGCCGGAGCUCUGCGUGUUCUUGGCCCAGGAGAUCUCGCCCAAAUACGGGAUAUUCGUCAACUCUCUUCGAUGCCUGCUGAUCGCCGCAACAGCGAUAAGCCUGCUCGUGGCUCUGGUCAGGCGUUUCUGUCGCCCCCCAAAAUCCGAGCUGCUCAAGUCGGUGUCCGAUCUCUCCGAGACCAGCUCGAAGAACUCGUCGGGCGCGUUCGAAUGCCAUCCCCAGCACUGGGAUCCUUCGAGCGGCUCGUGCACCAGCGGCUCGACAAACAGCAGGGCCUGUUUGAGGAAGAAGAGGGUGCAGAUCGACGAGACCAGCGGGAGACCGACGACCUACAGCAUACUAUUCGUCUGUUACGUGUUUCAAUAUCUUCCAAUUUUGGUCAUAUCCAUCGAGCCGAGAUUCCUAAGGGAUUUCUGCACGCCCCAGAAUCUGGCCACUUGGCUUCCGCUGGUAAAGGACACUCUGUUGCCCGUCUUCCUCGCGCUGUUCGACAAAAUGUUCUGCCGUUACGUGGCCAAGGUCUACACGAAACAGGACCACGCGAGGAGGUUGUCUCACGGCGGAAUCGACGGCAAGUUUCGUCACUUCGAGCACGAGGCCGAGUACAAACUGCAGUUGAACCUGAACCACGGGCUCAAGUUCCCCCUGACUAACGGAAGCCUGUACGGCCGGUUGCACAAUCACCAGAACAGAGGGAAGAGCGGUGUACAGCAACAUUAUCCGAGAAUACGAUCCCUCGACGAGGAGAAUAAUUACGCUUCACUCCCCGCAGAACUCUCCUCGUUCGCGUGUUCGGGCUUGGAGCCGCGUCACCAAGAGGCGGGCGUCGUCGAGGGGACGGCGAGGAAGGGCGGCACGGCGGACGCUCGGCCAAGGCCGAACGAGAGCUCGUUCCAAGAGUUGGCAGGCACCCGUCGAAAGAUCGGCAGCACGGACGUGUUCGGCCAGAACAUGGAGAAUCUGGUCCAGCUGGACGACCCUUGCUCGAAACGAAAGUUCGCCAAGGGCUUGGACGGGAUCGGGGAAGAGGCUUCGAGGAGGCACGCGAGGAGCGUGCUCGGCCUCGAGCAUUUGAUCGUUGCGCCGGAUGAGAGUGUUGCGGAGGAGGGGGGAGGAGGGCCACGCUGCCCGCCGAGAAUAACCCUUCGAAGGAAUCAGAGCUUCGAUCCAGCCAGAUGCCAAUCGAUGUAUCAUCGACCGAUGCUCGACUCGAGAACGUACGAGAACACGAAGACUAGGCAGGAUCAGGAGAAGGUGAAGAGGAAGGGGGAGGAGGGGGAGGAGGAGGAGGAGGAGGGAGAUGGAUACGAGACGUCGGACGACGAGAGCUGCGACCUCGAGAACGGGGAUUUCGACACGAUGAGCUCGUGCAGGAGUCGUAGCAGGAGCUGUUGUUCCGUCACAACCGUGGCGAACGAUGAUUUCGAAUACUUUCAACGUAAGGGAACUAAGGUGGAGUUGCUGCCCUCGAAGAGAAGCGGCGAGGUAAAGGUCAGCAUGCGAUCUUUCACGCCGAGGAUCAUCGAGAGCGGGGGAGCGCAGGAGGUGGACACGAAGCCGAGCAUACAGUCGUAUCACUUGAAGAAGGCGAGAAUAGGGAACGGUUACUCGAUGAACGAUCUGGACAGGUUGGAACGGAAACGGGCGGAUCUUUCGAUCGAGAGCUUGAAGAGCACCCUGAGGAACACGGACGUCAGUUACCUGGACAACGGGGACAUAUGCAGGCACGAUAUUGGAGGAUCCGUGCCGGAUUUUAAGAAAAUCUUCGUCACGGAAUUUAUAUAGAAUUUUUUUUUUUUUUUUGAGGGAGGUAAUUGUUGGAAAGGAUGGUGAUUGAAAUUGGAUCGUACAAAGUGUUCACUGUAAUAUAAGCGGAUUAUUUUUCUUUUAAGAAGCUAAGAUAUAUAUUUUGUAUAGAAGAAGAAGAAGAAGAAGAAGAAGGAGAAGUCAUUUGUGAAACGACGCAUAGAAUUUUUGGUACAAGAGCAACGCGGAAAGACUGUACAAUGUGUUCUUUCGAAUAAAAUUCGUCUUUUUUUCUUUCCUCUUCCCUAGGAAGAUAAGAACUGAUUGUAUGGAUUUACAAAUUGGUUUGACGAAAUACAGAGAUUUUUUGUUUUC